AUGAAUUUAAAAAAUAAUGAGAAUGAUGAUGCAAAUAAUUUUUGGAAAGAGCAAAUGUUCGAAAUAUGUAACAUGAGCCCAGAGGAUUUGAAGAUACACAAUUUGCCUAUAUCAAGAAUAAAAAAAAUAAUGAAGGAAGAUGAUGAAAUAAAAAGUAAUCAAAUGGUAUCUGCAGACACUCCUGUAUUAUUAGCUAAAGCAUGUGAAUUAUUUAUUAUGGAAUUAACAAGUAAUGCUUGGAAAUAUACGGAAGAAGGAAAGCGUCGAACUUUACAAAGACAAGAUGUAGUAUCCGCUGCUUGUAAGAAAGAUACCUUUGAUUUUUUAAUUGAUCUUAUACCUUUGGAAGAUCGUAUGAAAUUUAUUAAUCUUCAUAUGAAGAUGAAUUCUCGAAAAGGUCAGACGAAUAUGAAUUACGAUAUGAUGCAACAAUAUUACAAUUUAUAUUCAACUUGUAAUGAUAAUAAAAAUAGUAUGAAUGUAAUAAAUGGUAUGAAUAUAAUAAAUGGUUUAAAUAAUAUGGAGAACCUUAAUGGUAAUAAUAGUAAUAAUAUGAAUUCACAAAUUAUGAAUACAUUGAAUAAUAGUACGAAUGAUUUGAAUUUAUUAUACAGAUCAAACAACAACAAUAAUAGUAAUAAUAAUAAUAAUAAUAAUAAUAAUACCUAUAAUAAUAUCAAUAACAGUAAUGUAGACGAUUUUAACAAUUCAUCUAUAAAUUUACAAAAUAAUAUAUAUAUGAACCAAAAUAAAUAUUUUAAUAAUAAAGAUUUUAAUAUAUCAAAUAAUAAUUAUAUGCCACCAAAUGGUAUUAUAUCAAAUAAUAUUUACCCAUCCAAUAAUUUUUCAAAUCGCCAUAUGAGCAUAUACCCCAAUCGAGGCAUGAACACAACACAAGGAAAUAACAACAGUAAUAAUAAUAAUAAUAAUAGUAGUAAUUUUAAUAGUAGUAGUAAUAAUAAUAAUAGUAGUAAUUAUAAUAGCAGCUGUAGUAAUAAUAAUAGUAGUAGUAAUAAUAAUAAUAGUAGUACAAGUAGUAAUAAUAAUGGUAACAAUAACAAGAACAAUCAUAAUAAUAAUUAUAAUAAUAGUUUAAGUACUAAUGAGAAUUUUACAAACAAUUUAGUUAAUCCCAUAAAUUAUAAUAAGGUAAGUAAUAAAAAAAGAUCAUAUAAAAAAGAUUUUUCAAAUAAUACAUUAACAGAAAUGAAUAAUAAUAUAAAUAAUGAUAUGAAAGAUAUUACAACAAAUAGUUUUCAGGGCAAUGAUUUUGUAAAUUCAUAUACAAGCCAUAAUUCAAAAAUAAAUCAAAGCAAAAAUAAUUACUCAUCAUAUAAUAAUAAUAAUAAUAAUAAUAAUAAUAAUAAUUUUAAUAAUGUAUGUGCACAGAAUGGGGCCAAUUCAUAUAACGGGAUAAAUACAGAGGAUAUAAAAAAUAAUAAUUUUAAUGGAAAUUAUUGCCCAAUGCAAGAUAUGAAUAUGAUGUAUGAUGUUAAUGGUAUUAUGUAUGGUUAUUCUUAUGUAAAGAAUGAUGAUAAAAAUAUGAAUGAUAUACAAUCACAAAAAGAUUAUGUCUAUAAUUAUUAUAAUGGAACAAAUAAAACAAUGAAUAAUACUACUAUAAUUGGUAAUGCUGUAUCUAAUAAUAAUUAUGAUAGUAGUUCAAGAAAUGUUUCUUCAUGUUCAUCAUUUGAAUUAAAGAAUAAUAUGAAUACAAAUGAUUCCAGAAAAAAUAUAUCAUCAGUUAUAACAAAUGAUAUGAAAAAUAAUAAUUAUAAUAGGAAUAUAUAUAAUAAUAAUAACAAUAAUAAUAAUAUGAUAAAACAAAAUAAUAUAAUUAUUAAUGAUUAUAGUCCUAUCCCUAAUAGUGUACAAGGAAAUAUAAGUCAAGAACUUACCAAUAGAAAUACUUUAUCUGUUAAAUCGAAUAUUGAAUUAAAUAAAGAUGUUUUAAAUAAUUUUUUUUUAAGAAAUAAUAACAGUGCAACUACAACUAGUACUACUACAACAACUACAGCGACUACACAUAACAAUGUCAUGAGUAAUAAUAGCAUGUCUUCUGGUAACGAUGGAAAAGCUAAAAAUAAUAAAAGUAAUAAUAAAAAUAAAAAUGGAACCAACACUAGCACGAAUAAUAAUAGUAUAAAUAAUAGUAACCACAAUAAUAAGCAUAGCAACAACAGCAACAACAGCAACAACAGCAACAACAACAACAACAAUAAUAAUAAUAAUAAUAAUAAUAAUCGUAUAUCCAUUAAUAAUCAAAUGAGUAAUAACAAUAAGCAUAUGAGCAAUGCACAAUAUGUUCUGAACAAUCAAUCAAAUAAAAAUAAAACUUUAAAAAAUAGACACAAUAAUAAUAAUAAUAAUUUGUUAAAUGAUCAUAUGAAUAAUCCUAUACAAAAUAAUUACCAGCUCAGUAUGCAACAAAAUAAUCUUAUGGCUACAUCAAUGAACCAACAAAUGUCUUCUUUAAUGAAUGAUCGAAAUAUGUGUGAUAUAAAUAUGAACAAUAUGAACAAUAUGAACAAUAUGAACAAUAUGAACAGUAUGAACAGUAUAAACAGUAUGAACAAUAUGAAUAAUAUUAUUAUGAAUAAUAUUAUUAUGAAUGAAAAUAUUAUGAGUGAGAAUAUUAUGAAUGAGAAUAUUAUGAAUGAGAAUAUUAUGAAUGAGAAUAUUAUGAAUGAGAAUAUUAUGAGUGAGAAUAUUAUGAAUGAGAAUAUUAUGAAUGAGAAUAUUAUGAAUGAGAAUAUUAUGAAUGAGAAUAUUAUAAAUGAUACUAUGAUGAAUGAUACUAUGUUGAAUGAUACUAUGUUGAAUGAUACUAUGAUAAAUGAUAAUAUUAUUAACAUUAAUAAUAUUAGUGAUCAUAUUAUUAUGAAUGAUACUAUCAUUAAUGAUAUUAUUAAUAACUCAGAAAAUAAUGUUACUAGAAAAAACUCAUCUAUAAAUAUCAUCAAUCAAAAUAUUGAUAAUAGUGUUGUGCACAAUCAUUUAAAUAAUAUCAUUCCACACAUUAAUAAUAACGUGCAACAAAAUAUGAAGCUUAAUAUGAAUUCUAACAUGUAUAUGAAUAACAAUACUCAAAAUCAAAUAUAUCAACCUACUGCUCAGUAUUCUAUGCCAGAAAAUAAUUAUAUAUGUAAUUAUAACACACAGACAUAUAAUAAUAAAGUCAAGAAAAAAAUAUAUACUUAUUCGUAA